GGUUUUUAUCCAACCAACUUCAUGCAAUCAAUUUUGAAAUAUCGCCUUGUCAAUAUCAUCAUUAAUAUAAUAACUUGGGUUUGCUAAAGUAUUGCUUCUUAACACGAAUACCGACCAAUGAAGUGAGUCACUUUUAAAUUGCUGUCUGCUGUAGUUGAGAACAGGUGGAUAGAUCAUUCAUUACAACAGUUACUACGCAUGUGUAUUUAGUCUCAAAUGACAAAAACCUAGCAACAAGCAAGAUUGAGAAAAUGAUAAACGCAAAACAAUUACCUUUGAAGAAAAGAUAAAGUGAAUUUGUAGAUAAUACUACUCUAAGCUGGGCAGUAUCGUUGGUGCGAGAAGCCAAACAUAAUAAAAAGAAAUAGAGAAUAAAAGUGUAAGAACGAUCAAGGAGUGAUAUUGGUGGUUUAAAACGGCAAUCGUGAAGACGGGGACUAUUUGCUCUGUUAGAAAACAAGAAAAUAUUUUCAAGUUUCUUCAAUGACAUAUCCAAGUUCUGUUCAACAUAACGAGUGCAUAUUUUUGCAGCAAAAAAUCUUGCGAUGAGCAACAUAGAAAACUUCAUUCAAUUGAAUAACAUGAACUCGAACUCGGAAAAUAACCUACGAAACAACGAUAGAAUCAUUUUGAAUGUCGGUGGAGUAAGACAUGAAACAUUUAUAAGUACUAUAAAAAAUUUCCCAGACACAAGACUGGCCUGGCUAACACAAAGGAACGACUACGUGGACUAUGACCCAGAAAAGAACGAAUAUUUCUUUGAUCGUCAUCCAGGAGUUUUUGAACAAAUUAUAAACUUUUACCGCACAGGCAAGCUACAUUGUCCUUCGGACGUAUGCGGACCGUUAUUCGAAGAAGAAUUGAAAUUCUGGGGAAUCGAUGAAAAAGAGAUGGAACCGUGUUGUUGGUCUACGUAUACCUUACACAGAGAAGCUCAGAAAAAUUUGGCAAAAUUUAACGGACCUUAUAUUCAACACUCAAAUAUCGAAAAUGACCCAAAACAUUCGAAAGGUGAAGAAACCGGAAACGAAAAUAAUGGUGGUUCUACUACUUCUUCACGUUCUCAAAGAUGGAGGAAAAGGAUAUGGGAAGUAGUCGAUGAUCAUACAUCAACUACAAUGUCUAAGGUAUAUAUUUGGAUUUCCCUAGUAUUCGUCAUCAUCUCUGUAAUAUCACUAUGUGCAUCGACAGAUACGCAUGUUGAGAAUAACAACGACGGUGAACGGGUGAUAAAGAUUGUCGAUUAUGUUUGUGGAGUGUGGUUUACAAUAGAGUUUAUUAUAAGAAUUGCAACAUGCCGAGACAUAAAGAAAUUUUCAAUAGACUUUCUCAACUGGAUAGAUUUUCUAGCUAUUAUACCAUUUUACAUCAAUAUUACAUAUGGUCCGCAUAUCGUGAGCGAAAUUCUUGCACUUGGGCGUAUGUUAAGGUUACUACGAUUCUUCAACAAAAUGUCUUUGGGAUUUCAAAUCCUGAAACAUACUCUGCUCGCCAGUUCGAAAGAAAUGUUGCUUCUCCUCUUGUUGGUAUCGAUUCCAGUGUUGAUCUUUGCAAAAAUACUGCAUAUUUGCGAAAGUACAGUUUCUGACACGAAGUUUAAAUCCAUUCCUGAAGCUUUUUGGUGGGCAAUAAUUACACUUACUACAGUCGGCUAUGGUGACGUGUCGCCAUUGACAACGCAGGGAAAGAUUUUUGGCAGCAUAUGCGCGGUGACGAGCAUGUUGAUAUCAGCAUUGCCUAUUUCCAUCAUUGGAGCAAACUUCUCGCUAUACUACCGCCAUGCUCAAGCAAGACUUAAACUUCCAAAGAAGCCAAGAAGAAUCCUGAUUGGUGCUGCAAAUACUUUAUUGCAGAACGAUGAAGAGACCUCGGAAAAAGGUAUUAUCGACGGUCUAACGAGUGAAGUUUAUCUUGGUUCUACACGACGUCGCGAGCGAAUGUCAAUAUUUAACGGCGGAACAUAUCGAAACACCAAUGGAAAACGCAGUGGUGGUGAAAACAAUUUAUUAGAAGAGGCAACAAAUCACAAAACGAAAGACGAUAGUGACAGCAGUCAGUUAAAUCACAAAAGCAGCAUACUGAGCACUAGCACUAAAAGUACAAUGGUCGACAGUCCGCCCCCACGGGAAUUAAGCUUCAUCGAAAACCCUACUGUUCGAGAGAAACUCAUAACAUUUGAUACAGGGCAAAAGGAAGGCAUUGAAAAUAACGCAUACAACGAGGAGUGCAAAAAUAUUCCAGCACGUAUGACCAAUGGUACUGCGUAUCGCUCUAUGAGUGCUGGAAGUAGAUAUAAAUGCAAUGGAAUAAUACACAGACAUAGUGCACCUCGUGUCAUGAUAACCGCUGAAGUCAACAACGACAACGAAGAACCCAUAGAACAAACUUCAGAGGCUAACGAUAAUGGCUUAAAUGAGAAAUUGAAUGUUCCGUCUUCACAAAAUGACGAAAGAUCGGAUUUUUCGUUGACUGCAAUCGAAAAUUGACCUUCCUGAGUGUAAAUUGAAAAUAACUAGCCUAUAAAUACGUAGACAGAAUAAGACAAGAAUGACUUACACCAACUACAUACUUGCCAGAUGAAAUUGGCUAACAUCUUACAGCUUUUUCAUUGACAAGAAAUUUGCAAUAAUGCGUCAAUCAGUACAUAAAACACAAUUAGAGAGUAAAAUAAAAAAACUAGACUUCAUGCUCUUUCAAAGAAAUGAACAGGACAACAAAGACUAAGUUUAAUCUUAACAUCGACUAAGUCCCAAGUUUGGAAACACCACAAGAACAUUGCGAAAGCAAGGUUUCCCCAACCGACAGUUUUUCAAAUACCACUUGUAACCAAAGAUUACAAAGGAGAAAGUAAAAGGAUCGCAGUUCUGAAAGACGAUAAUUCUUAGGAAGGUACUAUUAAGUAAUUAAAAAGUUACUCUCUUUCUCUUGUACUUGCUGUGCACAAAUGCUUGCAUGUUCAUUUAAAAUUAUAUUAGAAAAUUUAAAAUUACAGAAUAACACACAAGGUUCAUAGCUAGCAAAAUGCAAAACGCACUCGAAAUCCCCAUAUUCCCCCACCCACUUGAGACUCCACUGAUGUAUGUAUGCAAAGAGUUAAUUGUGAAGACAAACAUGUUUAUUUACCAAAGAAAA